GUAGACAGUAGGUACAUCGAAACGUAAAAUAAAUAUAGGUAAACCGCAUCUAUAAAUAUUUAAUUUAUUUGUAAUUUGUAUAAAUUACGAAUAAAUGUGUCUUAAACAUAAGGGAUGUUAAAUACGACGAAUUUGUUGGUAGUGGUUAGCAUUAACGCGGACUACUUGAAUAUAUUUGGACUUGCAUGAAGAAUUGGACAAAAUGUUCGGUUACAGUAAAGAAGCAGUUAGAGUGAAAGUCAAGAAAUGUGAAGGGAAACUACAACCUGAGUUGCGGAAGUUCUCUGUUGAUCCACAAAUAACUUCCUUGGAAGUUUUACAAAGUAUUCUUGUGAAAGCAUUUGAUAUAAAGUCUGAUUUUACUUUAUCAUUCAGGACUUUGGAUGACUAUGGACAAGAAGUGUACUUGCCAUUAUUGUCUGAUUGGGACUUGGACGCUGCAUUCCUGAAGGCUCAUAACAUAGCACUAACACAAAAAUCAGAACCAUGUGUCCAGUUAAAAGUGGAUAUGAAGCCUUUUUCAGAAGCAUCAGAGGAUUGGGAACCACCGACUAUACCUUCUGGACAAGGAACAACUCAUAUUACUAAAGAACAACCUACAGUUCAACAAAGCCAAACAAUAACACAAAUAGAUAAGCAAGAAACUCAGAUUGGUCUGCAAGGCAUUAUUAUGAAUCAGGUUGAGAAAACAUUCAAUAUGGUAUCCAGAGCAUUAAAUCUAUAUGAUGACCCAAACACACCACCACGACCUCCACUAAAUGAUGUAGAGUUUAGAUCAUUUUUGGAUGCUGUUGGACAAAUUAACAACACUACAAAGCUACGUGAAGUUAUAUAUUGUGGAGGAAUUGAACCAAGCCUAAGGAAAGUGGUAUGGAAACAUAUACUUAAUGUCUAUCCAGAGGGGAUGACAGGUAAAGAGAGAAUGGAUUAUAUUAAAAGAAAAGCUAAUGAGUAUUAUUCCUUGAGAGCCAAAUGGAAAGAUUGUAUUCAAAAAGGAAAGGUAAAUGGUGACCUGGCUUAUGUUACAAGUAUGGUGCGGAAAGAUGUUCUGAGGACAGAUAGGCAUCAUAACUUUUAUGCUGGUAGUGAUGACAAUCAAAAUAUUGCGUCUCUCUUCAAUAUUUUAACCACAUAUGCUCUCUACCACCCUACCGUAAGUUAUUGUCAAGGAAUGUCAGAUUUAGCAUCACCCUUAUUGGUGACCAUGGGUGAUGAAGCUCAUGCAUAUAUUUGCCUUUGUGCACUUAUGGCUAGACUUUAUCCUAAUUUCUUACUUGAUGGAGAAGCUAUGACAUUGAAAUUUACCCAUCUCACUGAAUCCCUUCAAGUAUAUGAUCCUGACUUUUACAACUAUUUAAAGUCACAACAAGCAGAUGAUCUCCUAUUUUGUUAUAGAUGGCUACUCUUAGAAAUGAAACGCGAAUUUGCAUUUGAUGACGCAUUACGAAUGCUGGAAGUCCUGUGGGCUUCUUUACCUCAAAAAGCUCCCAUAGCAGAAUUAGCUUUACAAGAGAAAGACUUUGAUCCAACUUUUGAAAUAAUGGUAGAUCCAACACCAUUGAGCCCCCUAGUAAAAGCACCAAGAGAAAAUGCAUAUACUAAAGUUUGUGCGAUAAGAAGACAGAGCUCCAGCUUUAGCUUAGCAAAUAUAAAAACAUCAAAACUUUCCACAACCAAACAAAUAAAUCAUAGUUUAGACGAAAGCGCAGCUCGAAAAGCAUUAACUAAUUCAUCUCUUAAACACGCGAAAGAAUUUCAAAGUCUGGAUGAUGCAGCCUUGCAGCUGCGUAAAACUCCAAAGGAAACAUGCGAUAAAACAACUGAGAAACGCGCUACAGAUAAUCUACAUGAAAAAGAUGUACAUACGUUUUCAAAACCUAUUAUGAAAAGUGUUCCUGAAGAUAGUAAAGCGAUAGAGGUUUUAGAUACGAAAACUAGUUGGUCUAGUACAGGAAAUUUAUUUAAUGGAACAUCUCAACCUGAAAUUAAAGACACUCCAUUAGGGAGCCAAAUCAGGAUACUACGGGAUAGAAUAUCCAUACAUAAUAACAGAUUUUUCUCAUCUUUAGAUAAACUUGAUGAUUCCAAUUGUGCAGAUUCAACAAGCAAUAAGCCCACAGUAAAAAUGAUAAAAAAUCUCAAUGAAUUUCUUAAUUUUGCUACGGGUACUAAAUCCACUAACAUUAAGCAAGAAUUGUGUCCGAAAACUGAUCUUGAUAAUAUAGAAUCAAAGCACUGUCCAAAAAUAACAUUAACUAAAACUUUACUUAAUGAUACAACAUCGAGAAUUCUUAAAAAUCAUAGCAAUUCAAAAAUUAAUUUGGAAUUGAAUGAAGGCAGCAGUCCUGAUGAUUCACAAGAAUAUUAUCCGAUGACCACAUCCAUGACCAGAGAAUUGAGAUUGGAAUUAGAACAUUUAGAUCGACAAGUAUUUGGUUCUUCUUAUGUAAAUAGAUGUAGUAUGGUUUGUGAUUCUCCUUCUGAAUCUACAAGCACAGAAGGCAAACCCACAAAAUUUCCAAAAGACACAGAAAAUGAUAACUUAGAAGUUCAAACUGAAGUAACUGAAUCAAUUGAUACAUUAAAAAAAUCACCUCAUUUAGAUGCAACUAAAAUUAAUGCAAGAAGUGCUGAGGAUAUAUAUCUUUGGGAGAAUCCCCUUCAUCGCAACACUCCAACUACACGAACAACUGCUAGUUGCCCUCAUACACCAGAUGAACAAGCAGAAUUAGACUUUGAUGGUGACACGGGGGAAAUAUUUGAGGAGCAUUCUGGAAAAAAGUCUGUCACACCAAUUAGAUUAUUAAGAAAAAAUCAUUCUUUAGAACCUCAGGAUUUAUAUCAUAACAAUAAGCAUUCUAAUACACAUUCCAGUGAAUCUGAAUCUUCCGAACCAGUAGAUUCUGUAAACAAUCCAAUUACACAAGAUGGAAACAAUUUGAGAUCACAUAAAUUUUUCUCCAACAUGUCUCAGGAAUUGGAGAAUGCGAAAAAGAAUUGUGAGUCAAUUCUAAAUGUCAAACAAUCUAACUUACAAAAUGUAGCAUCAACAAUAAAUAACUUCCAGAAAAAAUAUGAGGUUUUUAAACCACCCCCAUUAAAAAAUGCAUCUAUAAAUACUGUGGCAGCUACCGAUAAUAAUCCAAGCAAAAACAGUAUCAGUAGUUUGCCUUCUCCUAUCGUGUUUGGUGGUGGUAAUCCAUUUCUCAUGUAUUUAUGUCUUACAGUAUUAUUGCAACAUAGAGAUUAUGUAAUGCGCAAUCGUAUGGACUAUAAUGAAUUAGCAAUGCAUUUUGAUAAAAUGGUGAGAAAGCAUAAUGUCAACAGGGUAUUAAAUCAAGCAAGGCAAAUGUAUGCUGUUUAUUUGAAGCAACAAUCGCAAAAGACUGGUGAUGUAACUAUAUAAUUUUAUAGGUUUUAACUUUAAAGUCAUUUACAGAAAAUUAUUUAGGAUAAAAGGACUGCCAACUUAUUUUAAUGUUUUGAUUUUAAUAUUUUAUUGUCCUCAAGAAAAUCGACCGGAAAAUGUCUAUAGAUAUACAUUUACGGAAUGAUGUAAAAAAGGAAAGGCAGUUGUACACAACAAUAUUGUAUUUUAAAAUUGCAAAUGUAGUACCAUUUCUACUUGCACCGUAUAGUUACUUAAUACAAAAACACUUUGCAUUUAAAGAAACAAAUGAUUGUAUAUCUAUCAUUAGACGGGAAUAAGAAUAGAACAAUCGCUCAAUCGUCUCUUACUCUCACGUAUAAAACAGUUUACAUCUCGCUCUUUUACUUACACGUGUCAACAACAGUCUAUUCAAAGUAAUGACUGAAUACUUAAUCGUUUUCAACCGACUUAAAAAAGAGGAGAGAGUUAUCGAGUCGACUGUAUUUUUAUUGAGCUCGUUAACGAACUUUCGAUUGUGCGAACCGAUUUUGAUGAUUCGUGUUAUUAUUUGAAAGCUGAUGUCUUCCGUGUGAUAUUCAGCAUUCAAGGGAUACUUUCACGUUGUAACUAAUACUGCUGUAAUGUGUAACAUAUAUAUUAAACGGUGUUUAUUUUCUUUUUUGUUUAUACCGUUUAAAUUAUUGGACAGUUCACAUAUAAUUAUAAAUUUUUAAAAAGAAACCUCAACAUCAAGACAUGUUAUCAAGAAAAAUGUUUAAUAUAAUUCCUAUACAUUUUUUUAAUAGGUACAUAAUGUUUCCAAUUGUAAUGCAUUUAUAAAAUUAAGCAAUAAUUAAAUUAUUAUCUAAAUCGUUAUUAAUAAUUGAUGAAAAUAGAUCUCUUAUGUACUUAUUUAAUACCUACUGUAUUGUUUCUAUGAUGAUUUUGACCUGCUUACGAUUGUUGCCUUCAUUCCAAAGAUGUUGGGUAUUACGUAAAUACUAUUGUGAUAUUAUUUUUUAAUAAUUUACCUUUUAUAUUAUAAUUAGUUAUCAUGUAUACCUUUAGUGAUUGCUAUUUUUUAUGUUUAUAUAAUAAUUAUUAUCAAAUAAUACAGUCUUAUAAUAAAUGAACUAAACAUUAGUGAUGGUGGAAGCUUGAGUGACUGGAAUGGUCAGUAUUAUAAAAAGUUGCUUACACCAUUGUUAUAAAAACUUCAAUGUGUAACAAACAUAAAGGUAUAUUUUUAAUAAAUGACUAUUGCAUUGUUAAAGAUUCCUAAGAUACUUAUGCUGUCAUAAUCCAUAUGCUUAUGAAUUAUUAUGAAAUAAAAAUCAAAUUAUAAUUUUAUUUUAAAUAUAACCAAAUAUUAAUACCAUUUCAAUGAAGAAAAUACUAUUCCAAUGGAGAGGUAUACAUAUAAUUAUGUUAUAAUAAUAUAAUCUAUUCAGUGUGUAUCACACUUUCUUGUUUGUCAUGAAUUUAUUCUAACUGAAUUCCUUAUUUUGAAAAAUUAGAUAGUAAAAUCUAUAACUUAAAUAUACAAUAGGAAAUUGCUUCAAGGCCUACCUAUGUAUGGAAUAUUAAUCCUUUGCUUGUAGUCACUCAACUCAGUGUAAAUACAGUAUAUUUAAAAAUG